AAACAGGUGGAUAGUGGACUAGUUUACAGUGUCAUAAACUAUGAGCCUUGAGCCAUAUAAAUCAUGUUGCUACUAAACAUUGGUGGCCUUCAGCCCUUAUCACCUAGUAGUGGCUAUCAUUUGGAAUACGGGAGACAGCGAGCGAGAGGGCGAGAGCUGGAGAGUAACAUUAGAGAGACAGAGAGAGACACAUACACAGAGAGACACACGAACAGAGGAUGGGAGAAGUUUUAUAGCACUUCUUUACAAGGACAGACUGUUUUUUUUUUAAUUUAUAAACUAUGAAACUGCUAGUCUGGAAAUUGUGUGUAGGUGAUUUCUUCACGUGGAUGUCUUAAAGACGAAUCUAGUUGUUCAAAUUCAGUUUCCUGUGGGUUUUUGUUUCGACUUUAUAAACGUAUUUAAGGUUUUAAGUUUAACGGAUAUUAUGUGGUUUUUUUUUUCUUAAACACAGAAAUGUGGAACACUUAAGCAGCUGUCUAAUCGGUGCUCUAACCCAUCUCUGUAGUUCAGUUGUAUUUUAGUGUCCAACUAAACGAAGAAAAGCGAUCUAGAACAAACAUGUUUAACGCCAAGUCCAUAAUUAAUGAGACAGUGUCGCCUAUCUGGUACAAGUUCCCUACUGCCAAGAGUUAAGAGAGAACGUGUCACUGGUGUCUUGGUCGGUCACUCCAUUUGUAAGCAGGAUCCGAGGCAUUACGCCGGACGGCCCUGUUUGUUGUCAGAGCACGACGGCAGGAUUAUCUCUUCCUGCUCUGUUUCAAAACGGAGUUCAUCACAGUUGAUGACCUAGCAAGCGCUUGUGACCAGACAGACACCAUGGAUAAUUUUAAGGCGUGUUGGCAUUUCAAGUCCGUCUUGUGGAUGCUAGCUUCCUGUCUCAUUGUCACAGCGUAUGCUGACCUGGAUGCAUGUUCCCAUGGAUGCAAGUGUACAGACCACACGGCAACCUGCACAUCUUUGACGAAUAAAUUUACUAGCAGAUUCCCAGAUCAUAUCAAGAAAAUUAUCAUAGAGAAAUCAACGCUGGAGUCACUGGAGAGUUUGCUUUUAGGGAAGGAAACUAAACUUAUUGUAAUCAGAGACUCGGAGAUAACACGCUUGGAAACAUAUUUCCUUCGCGACAUCAGUGCACCGAUUACACUAGAGUUCAGCAAAGUUCUCAUAAUGGUCAUAGCAGCAAAUGCUUUUCAUAAUGUUCGGUUAAAAAAAAUUAAUUUUGAUUAUGUUAACAUUGAAACAAUUGAGUCGCACGCUUUUAGCAAUGUAUUUGUUCAUGAUCUAAUUCUAACAGACUGUGAUGUGACGGAAGUUAAAAGUGCCUCUUUUCAUUCAGUUCACGUCAUGGAUCUGUUGAAGCUGAACUCAACAGUUCUCAGAAAAAUUGAGAAAGAAAGUUUUAAAAACAUUCUAGGCAUAAGCAGACUUGACAUUGAACAGAGCAAGUUCAUGGCCAUGGAGUGUCACGCUCUUGUGCCUCUGAUGGAGGCUAGUGCUAAAGUAAACGGCUCUUUCUUUCUGACUACAUCUUCACUGGAGUGUGAUUGUUCAACCGUCUCCUUAUUGCAGUACAUACAUCGACAUCCGGACUCGGUGUCCGACUCGGUGACUUGCUUCGUACAGACCACUGAUGGCUCCUCGCUGAACGUUGGCGUCAAGAAGAUGACAGACUUGACAAAACUUUGCCAACACAAAUCAACUCGGCCGUGUCAUGAAGAUUACGCCAGGGAGACACCUAGGGUCUUGGUAACCACGACCUCUGAGGCAGAAGCACCAAAUACAGGGGCUGUGUCAAUCAGCUUUCCACCUGAGAACAUCGCUACAUCAGUCACGCAGGUAGCAUUAGACAAGAACGAAACGAACACCAUAGUCACAACCACAACAUCCGCGUGUGGAUACGUGGCUGCUACAAGUGUAGCCACAUCUCUGGAACAGGCUGACCUUACUGACACACAUUCAGCCGCUCCACAAACCAACGCGUUAGAAAAUAUUGCUUCAAGAAAUACCUUUCAAAACCUGCCAGUCCUCAUUUCACUAAUGACAUUAUUUACAUGCUGGAAAAUAUGAACAAUGGACACUUUUCAUUUCACUAAUGGAAUGUUUCACAUGCUUGAAGAUAUAAACCUUGCCAGUUCUUACUUCACCAACGACACUUCUUUCUUGAUGGAAAAUAGAAACAAUUGUCUAAAAAUAAACUGUAUUACUUGAUGACAAGGCUAACAUGUGUUUAUUUGAUGCCAAAGGCUAACAUGUGUUUAUUUGAUGAAAAGACUAACAUUUUGUUUAUUUAAUGACAAGCUAACGUGUGUUUAUUUGAUGACUAUGCUAAUAUGUAUUUACUUGAUGACAAGGCUAACAUAUGUUUAUUUGAUGACAAUGCUAACAUGUGUUUAAUGUAGUUUUAUAAAAAAAAAAGAUGACAUAAUGGGAGCGGCCAAUGGUGAACAACAAUUAAAACGGAAAUACUAAAAGUUCCGUAACAACCACUACUCACCAGGGUAUUCAUAAAAACAUUAACUCUUUCUCUCCAUAAUUAUUCUUUCAUGUUCCAAUAGUAUUAUUCAUUUUCCUAAUUUUUAUUUCAUUAUUCUGUUCUGAUUAAACUUCAAUAACUUUUUGUCUAGGCCUCUGAGAUACAUGAAGUCAAACUAGGUUCAAGACUUCAAAUCCUUGACUGUUAUUAAAGGGUUCAAACUCACAUGGUAAAGUGACAAUGAUAGACUGAAGACUCUCCGUGAUUUUUUUUUCCCUGUUUAAAACAGAAUGUAAACAAAAGGACUUUAACUGAACCAAUCACGAAGGUACUUUAACUGAACCAAUCACGAAGCUACUUUAACUAAACUAAUCAAUCUGUUAGGACUAUUUCAUGUCAGGAUAUCCAUCAAGUACCACAGGUUUAAAAACUAUAAAUAGGUAAAUUAUUUUGAGUAUUAUAACAGCAUCUGGCACCUAGGGGAAAUACACAAUUUCUCUCUCCAUUGCCACCUGACUCCAGCAUCUCUCAAGCUUAUUUUGCUACUAACGUGGUACAUAGUUUAAUUGUAGACCAUUUUCUAAAAUUGUGGAUUUAUUUUUUAAAACAAAAUUGUGUAGGUCCACAUAUAGAUGGGAGUGUUAUUGAUACUACUGAAGUAUAGAACCUCGCUGUUUAUAGAUAGAUAGAUAGAUAGAUAGAUAGAUAGAUAGAUAGACAGACAGUCAGACACACAGAUAGAUAGAUAGAUAGAUAGAUAGAUAGAUAGAUUGAUUGAUUGAUUAAAUUGUUCAUCCAAGGGACCAUUUGAAUCAUUACCAAGGAUCGUCUUAAAAUCAUUUUCAAUUACACACCAAAUGUGCUCGCAAUUGAUCAGAACGCUUACAUCAUCGACUAUAUUUACAUUUAUGAGUAAAAGGUGACAUGUAAACUAGUUAUAUAGACUGUUUCAUUGAUUUUCUUUUUGACUGAUAUUGUUAAAAAUGCAAAUUCUUUUACUUGUUGUUUUCUAGUCAUUGCAAAAAAUAAUUUUCCGGAGUUUAAAAUCGUUCAUAUUGAUAAGAGAAAUUCUCACAUGAAUCGAUUUCCAUUCAUUUAUCAUAUUAGAUCUCUGUCAAAUAUGUUGUAAUAUUGAUGUAUGUAAAUGAAGUUUAUUGUUCUUAUGUCUUUGGAGCCACGUAUAUGUUCUCUUGCUAUUGCCAUAUGUUACAAGUAUAAAGUAAAUGAGAUAAGCUUUUAUGUGAUGAAAAAGGGGCUGGUUGAUUACGUUUCUGCCAAGAACUACUUAUAAUCAAAUAAGUCUAAUUUAUUGAAUUCUAGUCAAUGUUCCUAGUACUAAAUAAUAAAUAUACAGAACGCUUUUAAAAUGAAACUGAAAUUAACACAUGAAAAUAUAAUUAUUUACUUUUGUUGUUUUUUUUUUCUUCUUGUUUCCAAUAUCUAUGUAGACACUCAUUUAGGUUCUCAAAGGAAGGCCACUCUUGUUAAGGUGUUAAAAAAUUGGGUUGUCCUUAAAUGCUACAAAAAAUUGUUUAAAGAAAUCAGAACUUUAAAACUUCCUAAUUGGAUAAGCCAUUAAAGUAGUGAGAACUCUAUAACUUCCAGAAUAAAUUAGCCAGUGAUAUAACAUUCGCAUUGAAUUAGAGAACUCUAUCACUCCCUUAUUGAAAUAGAGAUUUUAAGCACUAAAAGUUUAACACUUUCUAAGAAUUUAAAAAAAGAAUGUGGUGUAUUGUGCACUGCUGCCCACAAGUACAUUGACGUCUAUUGAGAAAAUAAUGUAUACAAAUAAGAGAUCUGUCAUUGUAAAAAUCACUUUUCCGGUGUUCAGUAAUUGAAGGACCUGUCAAACUUCCUUAUUCACUUUGACGUGUAAGAAUACAUACAUGCCUGGCCAGUUUUUGACGUUUGUCAGCAGUCUACAUGUUCAUCUUAUAAUUAACAUUUUUUUUUCUUGCCACGUUAAAUAUGAAAGCUGCUUCCAUAUAAUUUUUUUCACGGCCACCUGAAGUUGAAUAAUAUGUGACCUCCAUUUUUGACCCAAGGCUUUGGGCUUAGAACUCUGCCUUAGCAGCCCCUUUCCAUAAUGGUAGACUUAACUCUUAAUUCUUCUUUGUCCUUGUAUUUCCACUGCAGCCAAGACGCGAUGAAUGAUAGAGACAGAAUAAGCCUCACACUUGGUCUGCACUAGAGACUACAUUUAGAUAACCAGAAGCAGGAAUG